AUGGCCGUUCGCCGCACGGCUAGUGUUCUACUCAGCUCUCAAGCUCGGUUCGAGUCGGCCGUGUUGAUAUCAUCAAAUGCACGACCGAUACAACAGACGAGAACACUCUUCGACUCACUGCUGUCUUCAACACUUGGGAAUUGUGCGCUUCGUUCUAUGAGUCACACCAAAGUUCUACCGUACUCCGCCGCAACGGUCUUCAAAGCCGUCUCUGACGUGGCUGGCUACCCGACAUUUCUACCCUUUACCAUUUCCUCCAACGUCACAUCAAGGGAUGCUGCGGGCUAUCCGACCCGAGCUAGUCUGAAAGUUGGGUACGCAACACUCGGCAUCGAGGAAGAUUGGGAAAGCAUCGUCCGGUGCGAUCCGUGUCGAGGGACCAUCGAGGCGAGAAGCAGCGAGGAGCACAGUAACGGCCUUUUUGAGACACUGAGUACGAAAUGGCUCAUCGCACCUUCAAAGACGGCAAACAACAGCACCGCUGUCAAACUGAACGUCGACGUCAAGUUUCGAAAUCCACUCUACGAUCAAAUGUUUGCCCAGGUCGAGGGUAAGGUUGCAAGUACAAUGAUGUCUGCCUUUGAAAAGAGGGUUGAAGAGCUCCAUGAGCAGCAGAAAAAGCGGCCGCGGUGA